AUGACGGUCCAUGAUCUCCGCGCACAGCCCGUUAAGUCACUGUACCUACUGUACCAGGCAGUGUCGACCAUCUUUGUACGCUUGCCAUGGUGGGUUGUCAUCAGCAUACGGCGAAAGGACCGCCCGCGCGCGUCCUGGACAUUGCGCAAAGCCGUCUUUCUACGCUUAGUGAGGCACUUGCAGGGCAUCAAUGCUAGGACGGGCCCUAUCAAGUUCAUAGCCAACCAUCUCACACCGUCAGUUGGACCCGACAUCAAGCUCGCUUGGGUCGACCCGUCUCCCGACUCUCUCCUCAACGAGAAAAUACGCGGCUGGAUGAAAGCCGCGGAUGUUGAGACCGCGCGUAUACCCGGAUACUGGAUGAAUAAAAAGGGACUCGAGUCUACGCCCAUUGGAGCGCCUCUAGCCGAGAGCGAGCGCGUUCUGUACACUCUUCACGGCGGCGCGUAUGUUGCCCUUUCGGCGUCUCCGAAGGACGUCAUCGCGAACAUUGGCCGCGGUAUCCUCAAGCAUACCCCUUCCAUCACCCGUUGCUUCGCGCUUGAAUACCGCCUCUCGCGUGCAGCACCCGACCCUCCUGCUCAUGCAUUCCCUGCUGCACUCCUCGAUGCUCUCGCCGGCUACCUCUACCUCAUCAAUGUCGUCGGCUGCGCUCCAUCGCAGAUCGUCCUAGUCGGUGACAGCGCUGGCGCGAACCUCGCACACGCGCUGACGCGCUACCUCGUCGAUAACGCUGGCACACCUGGCCUUCCACCUCCACCUGGCAAUUUAAUACUGCUUUCUCCUUGGGCAGACCUUACCGGAAGCCAUAUGCAAGCCGCGGACGCCGCGGGCCUCUGCGAUAGCGAUUACCUCGGCAAGCCCGGUGCCCGAAUGAGCAGCUACGCUACGCGCGCAUUCCUGGGGCCUCUCGGUGUAAACGGCGCCGGUAUUGCGUACAUCUCACCCGCUAGCGUCGAGCCUUCCGCGGAGAUCCCGGUGUUCGAACACUUCCCGCGUACACUCAUCGUCGCUGGUGGUGCCGAGGCGCUGUUGUUCAGCAUCAAGGAAUUGGCGAAGAGGAUGAAAGAGGCGUUGGGAGAGAGGUGUGAGUACUACGAGGCGGCGGACGCCAUUCAUGACUUCUUGGUGUUCCCGAAGUGGGAGCCGGAAAGGACGGAAACACUCAGGGAGAUUGCGCGUUGGGUGGCGGCUGCUUGA